AUGACGGUGAAUGUGACGCUGCUUGGCGGCCCGCCUUGGGGUCUGCGCCUAAGCAGCGACCAGGAACUUCGCCCAAUUGUUUCGAAGAUUCUGAUGGGAGGUCGUGCUGCUCGGGCCGGUGUCAAGUCCGGAGAUGUACUACAUUCUGUGAACUCUAUGCCGGUAUUCACCUGCAAACAAGCUCAUUCUAUGAUACAGAAGGCUCAAGGGCAGCUGAGGCUCAGUGUUGUCAGCAUCUUCUGA